CUUCAUCAACUUGUGUCAUUCUAUAUACGUACACUUACACACGUGUAUUUGGAUCCUCUACGAUGCACCCGUGUAUGCAUAUAUGUGCGUCUAUAUAAACUAUGUAGAGAUCACAUACCAUGAUCGAGAGAGUGAAAUUCAAGUUGUAUCCAAUGGAAAAAGAAAAAAUGCAGGACUUCACAAAGAGAACAAUUUUUAGAGACGUGUUGCAACUAGAAGAGAAAACAGGGCCCAAAAAUCUCAACAAUGUUAGACCAUUUUUACAAAGUGGUUCAGCAUUUCGACCAUGGCAGCCCUCAUGGAAGAUUGACAUUAAUAAAUCAUCAGAGGCAAGUAGCAGUGUGGAAAAGCCAUAUCAUCGUCCUCAAAAUUUCAAUAAAACAAUUACAGCAGACUACAAUAAUAAUAACAUGAACAUAGAAAAUUCAAAUAUUGAUGGGGUCCAGAAAAACCCCAUUGAUAGUGGGAGUACAACUUCAGUUAUAGGUGAUGGUGACGUCAAUGGGAUCAUUGUACGAACUGACGAAGUCCAAUUUGACUCGGAAUGCAAUACUCAACGCGAAUUGGAUCCUAAGAGACUCAAACGAAUCCUAGCAAACAGAGCUUCGGCACAAAGAUCCAGAACAAGAAAAAAUGAGUAUAUUGCAGAUUUGGAACGGAUGGAAAAAACUUUUCAGGAUAAGAUAUCUUUCCUUCAUCGACAAAUUGAAGCCUCUAGAGGCCAACAUUGGUUAAUGCAGCUUGAGCACCACCAAUUGAAACUCAAAAUGGCUGUUCGUGAAAAAGAACGAGUAAUUCAAGAAAUGGAGAUUGAAAAGAUUAAAGCUGAGGUUUAUAGGCUGAGUGAGCUUCAGAAGAAACAAAUAGUUGAAACACAAGCAAUGAUGCACAACAUGGGUUCCACCAUACAAUUUAUGUCUCAUUCAGACGUUAAUAAUCCUCCUGCCUUUGAAGGAUUGGUUUGCCAGAUCCCAAAUCAAGCUCAAAAUGGAAUAGAAGCAUCAACCAUAUUGCAAAGUGAGACUACUAAGUCCAAAGCAGCAAAAUCAGCAGGGACAGACAUGGACGGGUAAAUGGACAUAAUGUACAGCAAUCAACUUCCAAUUUGAACUUUAUGAAGUCCGAGUUAGCAGACUAAUAUGUCAAUGUUAUAAACUUUCAUUUUAAUUUCCUUUUUUGCACCCCCUUUAGAAUAGGUUGCUUAUUGCAACUUAGGUUACCUACCAUUGGUUAAUUAAGGCCGGUUUUAUUGCAAAUUUAGCCAACAAAACUCAUGUCUUUUUAGGCAGCAAAACAAAAAUCAAGUUGGCUUCUAUAUAAUUUGAUAUAUUUGAGCAUCUUUGUAUUUUCUGAAUAUAAAUCAUCUAGUUUUCUUUUUGCUCCUAA